UCCGGCUCAUUAAGCGAUGAAUAGAAGAAGGGGGGAUUUAUAAAGGAUAGACAUAACAAUGUAAUAAUGUGCCUUGACACCCACUUAUAGGGGGAAGCACUCAUUAAAAUUGUGGAGGGGAAAUGUAAAUAAUAUAUGGAGUAAACAAUGGCAUGUAUUAGAAAAAAAUGUGGGGGCUAACAGGCAUUCGAACAGAACAAGAUUUUUAUGUUCGCCUUGUGGAUAGCCAAACAAAACAAGCAAUUGCUUAUGAAGGUCAAGAUAAAAAUCCUGAAAUGUGCCGAGUUUUAUUAACACAUGAAGUUAUGUGUUCACGAUGUUGUGAAAAGAAAAGUUGUGGAAAUCGAAAUGAAACUCCUAGUGAUCCGGUUAUGUUGUCAAUGACACCUCGUGUUGAUACUGAUGUAUUAGCUGUAUCAGACAAUAUGUUUGUUCAUAACAACUCUAAACAUGGACGCCGCGUUAAAAGAGGUGGGAGUGAGUCAGGCACUGUUGAAGUCCCUUCAUCUUCUUCUAUCAACUCUACAAACAAUGCUGCACCAGUGAUUAAGCAUAUUUUUCCGUCUGAAGUUUGUUGCCAAAGUGGUGGUUCAGCAAUUUUAAUUGGAGAAAAUUUUCAUGAAGGAAUGCAAGUAUUUUUUGGAAAUUCAUUGACUUGGUCUGAGUUAAUUACUCCACAAGCAAUUAAAGUUAAUAUUCCUGUAAGGCCAAAUGCUGGCUCAAUUGAUGUUUUUCUUUGUUCUCCAAAAGGUCAACCAAAAAUGCGUUCUAAUUCUAUCCGUUUUUCUUUUAGUUCAUCAUCCGAACCAAGCAUUGAUACAGCCUUUCAACGAUUACAAAAACUUUUACCAAAAUACCCAACUGAUCCUGAACCUUUACCAAAAGAAUUUAUACUUCAUCGGGCAGCCGAUUUUGCAGAAAUGCUUUACUUUAACUGUACAGCAUUUUAUCCUAUUGAGCCAGGUUAG